GAAACGUUUCUUUUGAAUUUGGCAAAAGCUGAAACAUUUCCUUUUCAUUCUUUUUUUUUUUUUUUAAAUGAAUUUUUUGUUGUGUGAUUUUUUCCUUCCUUUUUUUUUGACAGUAUAUUACUGUCUGUAAUUGUUGCUCUUCUUCUGUGGCGGGAAGUUCAGAAACAGGGCAGAGCUCAGACAAAAGGGAAAAACAUUCUCCACAAAACCAAAACCCUAGAAACCAAAAAAGAAGGGGUGAAAAUCAGAUUCUCUAAACUUUGGGUAAAGUAAAUUCUAAUCCAUUCUGUUCUAAGGAAGUGAAGUGAAGUGUAACUACCACCACCACCACCGCCAUGUACUGGGUGGCUACCAGAAGCGCUGUCGUUUCGUUCCCCCGCUGGCGUUCUCUGGCUCAUCUUCUUCACUCCUCUCCUCGUCGAUACAGCUCCUUCAAUCCCUCUCCAGUGUUCUUCGGGCAGUUUGGCAAGAUUUAUUGUUUCAAAGAUCGGAAAGUCUUAAAAGGAAGUGCAAAAGUUACCAAAAAGCUUAAAGCUUUGAAUGUCCUCGAUGAGAAGGGGCUUUCUAACAUUCUGUGGUGGAAGGAGAGGAUGCAAGCAUGCAGGAAGCCUUCAACCAUCCAGUUACUUAAAAGGCUUGAGUAUUCCAAUUUGCUAGGCUUGGAUGUCAACUUGAAAAAUGGGAGCCUGAAGGAAGGAACACUCAACUGGGAGAUCUUACAAUUCAAGUCAAAAUUUCCCCGUGAAGUAUUGCUUUGCAGAGUUGGUGAUUUUUAUGAAGCCAUUGGAAUAGAUGCCUGCAUUCUGGUUGAAUAUGCAGGUUUGAAUCCUUUUGGAGGUCUACGUUCAGAUAGCAUUCCAAGAGCUGGUUGCCCAGUUGUGAAUCUUCGACAAACUUUGGAUGAUCUGACCAGAAAUGGGUACUCAGUGUGCAUAGUAGAAGAAGUUCAGGGUCCAACUCAAGCUCGCUCCCGCAAAAGUCGUUUCAUAUCUGGGCAUGCACAUCCUGGUAGUCCUUAUGUCUUUGGACUUGCUGGUGUUGAUCAUGAUCUUGACUUUCCAGAACCAAUGCCUGUGGUUGGAAUUUCAAGAUCGGCAAGAGGGUAUUGCAUAAAUUUAGUUCUCGAGACUAUGAAAACAUAUUCGUCAGAAGAUGGUUUGACUGAAGAGGCCUUAGUUACAAAGCUUCGUACUUGUAGAUAUCAUCAUUUAUUCCUUCAUACAUCUUUGAGGCACAAUUCCUCGGGCACUUGUCGCUGGGGAGAAUUUGGUGAGGGAGGCCUGCUGUGGGGAGAAUGUGUUUCUAGACAUUAUGAAUGGUUUGAAGGCAAUCCUGUCACUGAGCUUUUGUCUAAGGUUAAAGAACUCUAUGGCCUUGCUGAUGAAAUUACAUUUAGGAAUGUCACUGUGUCUUCAGAAAAUAGACCCCGGCCUUUAACCCUUGGAACAGCAACCCAGAUUGGUGCCAUACCGAUGGAAGGUAUACCUUGUUUGUUGAAGAUGUUGCUUCCUCCAAAUUGCACAGGUCUACCUGGAUUGUAUGUUAGAGAUAUUCUUCUCAACCCUCCUGCUUAUGAAAUUGCAUCUACAAUUCAAGCAACGUGCAAACUUAUGAGCAAUGUCACCUGUUCAAUUCCUGAGUUUACUUGUGUUUCAUCUGCAAAGCUUGUGAAGCUACUUGAACUGAGGGAGGCUAAUCAUAUUGAGUUUUGUAGAAUUAAAAAUGUAGUCGAUGAAAUUCUACACAUGAAUAGAAAUUCUGAGCUUGGAGAAAUCCUGGAGUUGUUGAUGGAUCCUACAUGGGUGGCAACUGGGUUAAAAAUUGACUUUGAGACAUUAGUAAGUGAAUGCGAAUGGACUUCAGUCAAAAUUAGUGGAAUGAUCUCUCUAGAUGGUGAAAAUGAUUCAAAAAUCAGUUCUUCUUCUAUUGUUCCUAGUGAGUUUUUUGAGGAUAUGGAGUCUGCAUGGAAAGGUCGUGUCAAGAGGAUACACAUUGAAGAAGAGUUUAGAGAAGCAGAAGUGGCUGCUGAGGCUUUAUCUCUUGCAGUUACUGAAGAUUUCCUGCCUAUCAUUUCAAGAAUAAAGGCCACGACUGCCCCACUUGGAGGCCCAAAGGGAGAAAUAUUAUAUGCUCGCGAGCAUGAAGCUGUUUGGUUUAAGGGAAAACGGUUUAUGCCUUCUGUAUGGGCGGGUACACCUGGGGAAGAACAGAUUAGACAUCUUAAACCAGCUAUAGACUCAAAAGGUAGAAAGGUAGGAGAAGAGUGGUUUACGACAGCAAAGGUAGAGGACGCUUUAACAAGGUACCAUGAGGCGGGGGCCAAGGCAAAAGCCAAGGUCUUGGAAUUGUUAAGGGGACUUUCUUCUGAAUUACAAGCAAAAGUCAACAUCCUAGUUUUUGCUUCCACGCUUCUAAUUAUUGCCAAGGCUUUAUUUGCCCAUGUGAGUGAAGGGAGAAGAAGACGAUGGGUAUUUCCCACCCUCACAGAGCCCCUUAGAUCUAAGGGUUUGAAACCAUUCAAUAGAGUUGAUGGAAUGAAGAUAGUUGGUCUAUCACCAUACUGGUUUGAUGCAGCUGAAGGCAGUGCUGUAAAUAAUACUGUUGAUAUGCAAGAACUGUUUCUUUUGACUGGACCAAAUGGUGGUGGUAAAUCUAGUUUACUUCGAUCAAUUUGUGCUGCUGCAUUACUUGGAUCAUGUGGAUUCAUGGUGCCUGCGGAAUCAGCUUUAAUUCCUCACUUUGAUUCUAUAAUGCUUCACAUGAAAUCUUACGACAGUCCUGCUGAUGGAAAGAGCUCAUUUCAGGUAGAAAUGUCAGAGAUUCGGUCAAUUAUUUCUGCAGCCAGUGAAAGAAGCCUUGUUCUUGUAGAUGAAAUUUGCCGAGGAACAGAAACAGCAAAAGGGACUUGUAUUGCUGGUAGUAUAAUUGAACUUCUUGAUAAAAUUGGUUGCCUGGGUAUUGUAUCCACUCAUUUGCACGGAAUAUUUAGUUUGCCACUUAACACAAAGAACACAGUAUACAAAGCAAUGGGAACUGUACAUGUUGAUGGCCAAACAAAACCAACCUGGAAAUUGAUGGAUGGGAUUUGUAGAGAAAGCCUUGCAUUCGAAACAGCUAAGAGGGAGGGUAUUCCUGAAACAAUAAUACAAAGAGCUGAAGAGUUGUAUCAUUCAGUUUAUGCAAAAGAGGUGUUUCCGGGAAAAGAUGACACUAAACUAGAACAGUCAUGCUCUAAUACAAGUUUUAAUGUUUCUGACGGGUCCAAUAUUCAGUUGAAUAGUAGUAAUGGCAAAGCAGCCCAGAGGAAUAGAUUAACAAACCAAAUGGAAAUUUUACAGAAGGAAGUCGAGAGUGCAGUCACUGAAAUAUGCCAAAAGAAGCUGAUAGAGCUCUACAAUAAGGAAAAAGCAUCGGAACUUUCAGAGAUACGUUGUGUUCCGAUCGGUGCCAGGGAACAACCACCUCCAUCAACUAUAGGUGUUUCAUGUGUUUAUGUGAUGCUCAGCCCCAAUAACAAAAUAUAUGUAGGACAGACUGAUGAUCUAGAAGGCCGAGUUCGUGCGCACCGCUUGAAAGAAGGAAUGCAGAAAAUCAGUUUCCUUUAUUUCACAGUUCCAGGGAAGAGCCUGGCUUGCCAACUGGAGACUCUUCUGAUCAACCAGCUGCCUAAUCGAGGAUUCCAGCUGACCAACAUAGCUGAUGGUAAACACAGGAAUUUUGGCACAGCGAAUCUUGCCUUGGAAAGUGCGAGCGUUUGUUAAUGAAACUAAUGUCUAAAUCUCCCCCAUUUUGUUCAAGAUUCAUUCACUAGUUAGAGUGGAAAAGAAAUGGAUUCUGCUUCAAUGACAUGUAUAUGUAUGAAGGUAUUCUAAUGGCAGAAAAGGGGAAUACCAAAUUGAACCGGCUGUGGCUGCAGCAAUUUUGUUUUUGUUGGCUGCUACUCCACUGUAUCUAUUCAUCUACUUGAAAUCUUUUGUUGAUCGAAAUCUGUAUUAAUAUCAUCUCCAUUUUGCCUCACGUUUA